AAGGAAUGAGCCUUAUCUAGUAUCCUGCGGCUGCAUGUUUUCGUUAUUACCAAACACUAUUUCUCCCAUUCUUUGAUUAAAUUCAGAAAAGAAGUAAAAUUCAAUUGUGUUAAUGGCAAAUUCUCUGUCUUUCACCCCUUUAUCUUCAUUGAACUCUUUCAAUAAACCAGGUUUAAUUAAUGGAAAUGGGAAUUGCUCUGGAAGAAAGAUUCAAUUGAUCAAAGAUGUUACCUACAACUCCAAGAGUAACUUAAGAGUUGUAGAAGUGAAGGCCGCUAACAGUGAUAAAGAAACAAAAACAAGGAGCAUAGUCUGUCAAAAGUGUGAUGGAAAUGGUGCAGUGGCGUGCUCACAAUGUAAAGGCGCCGGGGUUAACUCUGUCGAUCAUUUCGAUGGGCGGUUUAAAGCCGGUGCACUAUGUUGGCUGUGCAGAGGUAAAAAAGAUAUAUUAUGUGGUGACUGCAAUGGUGCUGGAUUUCUUGGUGGAUUUAUGAGUACGUUUGAUGAGUAGACUUCAGAUGCAUUGGUCUCGGGUAGACUCGGAGGCAGGUGGAGGCAGAUUCAGAAUCUAAACUUGACGAGUUCAUUUCUAAAAUUCUCAGUAUUGAACUUAUUGUACUUUUGAAAUUAUGAGUUCAUAAUUUGACAUUUAUCAAAACUUGUGUCUUUUCACGUAUUCA